CCGCAGCUUCGAACGGGCGGAAGUUGGUGAGUGCGGCAGUCGCCAGCGGAAACGGAAGUGCAGAAAGCCCCGAGCGGCUGGCCGUGCAAACUGUUGCUCGUCGGUGUGUGUUGUGUUGUGUGGUGUGUUGUGUUGUGCUAGUGUUUGUGCUGCUGAUGGUGUUUGUUAUGGUGAUGGUGUGCCAGUAUCGGUGUGCUGGUGCUUGUCGUGGUGGCAUUGUUGGCGUUAAACAAUUAGCCAAGUUGCUAUAACAGACCGAAUUAUCCGACAAAUUUGAUGAAAAUGGUAAACAUUAAACUGUAAUGCGGCACGCGGAGUAAAAUAGUCGUGAAAUGGCCCAGCAACAGCGCAGCUGGGACGAGGGAGCUGUCGGUGGAGGAUCCUAUGGCCAAACCCACUCCUCGCACCACAAGGUGCCUGCUCGAGCUGCCAGCAAUCCGCUGCCCUGCAAAGGAGCCACGCCCAAGCUGCCCAGGCAAUACCAUGGAGGUCCGACGUCGGGCUAUAACUAUGGGGGUUACGAUACGCCGAGGAGUCCCAAGAUCACCACCACCUUUGCCCAGGACAGUUGCGAUGAUGUCAGUAGCUCCACGCCCAGCUCCUAUUAUCAGACGCCACCAUCGGGAUCGAUAGAUGAUUCGGCCUCCCUGCUCAGUGGACGCACCACGGCCCGCAGCCCAAAGUCCCAGUGCCAGUUCGUCUUCGAUGCAGUGAGUCCCAGUCACGGCAGAAAGUUCGAGUACUACGAGCCGAUCUCACCGGACGAUGGAGCCCUGUACUACGAUCCGCCCAGUUCGCCACGGCGACAGGGUUCCAAAAAGCUAAUGCGUACAAAGAGCCCACUGGAUCCGGUGCCCCAGUUGACCACAACCGGCGUGGAUGAGAGCAUGGCGUUGGCUAUGGCCAUGGGCGGAGCAGGAGGUGGUGGUGGAUACGCCCAAGGGGCACCCAACAAGCGCCAGCGGGAUGAGUGGGAGCUGCCGGUGAUCAGCAAGAUCGAGGCCAGAAAUCUUAGUGCGGCUGCAGGAGCAGCAUCGGGAUCGGCGGGUGGUAGUUAUUAUGGCUUGAAGCGCGACUCCUGCGUCACUGACUGCACGCAGCUGUCCAUGGAAUCCGGCGAGACGGGCACCCAGCACACCAAUAGCACCAUGGUGACCCACACCACCACCAGCUUUAGCUUUACGGAGCCGGAAACGGAGCAAGAGGCCGGACAGCCGCAAUUGCGACGCCAACGUCGCCAUGCCAUCAACAUCACCUCCAAUCCCGGCUACCAGGUGCUCCACAGCUCCCACUCCACGCUGGAUCGUACCUGUUCCGACAGCGUCGUCUCACUGCGCUACCGCAAGUCCACCAGUGACCUGACCCAAGAUGCCGACCACGAGCUAAGUGGCUGCAAGCCCACCAAGCCGAAGGCCCAUGUGGAGCACAAGCCGCGUCGCCGGGGCAGUUCCAAGGGUGGACUGGCCUAUCUGGCCAGUCGGCGUAGUUCGCGGGAGUCGAUGAAGAGCGCCUGCUCCAAUGCCUCCAUCGUGUCCAACGACGAUGUUGGACCACUGGCCUUCCAGAGCUCCAAUCGCGGUCGCCAGCGCAGAACAUCGAACUUCCUCGAGUUGCCAGUGCCCGACCACGUUCGUCCGCGCGUCUGUUCCCUUCCAGAGCGACCAUACAAUCCGCGGGCCAGCGAUGACCUGUACCGCCUGCGCCACUUCUCCAUCAGCAAGGGCAACGUGGUCAACUGCGGCGACUCGAUAAUCUCGCGAAGAUCGCGCAGCAACACCAGCGUCAACUCGACGAACAGCCGGGCCAGCGAGCGUUCCCCCUUCGAGGGCAGCUGCUGCGGAGCGGGCUAUGCCAAUGUGGACUCCCUGCCGGCGACGCCGGAUGACUCGGAGAAUCUGGAUCCACCGCCGCCAGCCCGCUAUCGCGUCGUGAUGCUGGGCGAUGCCGGCGUGGGCAAGACGGCGCUGGUCAAUCAGUUCAUGACGUCGGAGUACAUGCACACCUAUGACGCCAGCCUGGUUUUAGACGACGAGUUCGGCGAGAAGACGGUGAGCGUGCUGCUGGACGAUGAGGAAUCGGACAUGGUCUUCAUCGAUCAUCCCAGCGUCGAGAUGAGCGUGGAGAACUCCCUCUCCACAUACGAGCCGCAUGGCUGUGUCGUUGUCUUCUCGGUGGUUGACCGCAGCUCGUUUCGCGUGGCCGAGGAAAUCAUCAAUUAUCUGUGGCAGGAGAACUACACCAAGGACAAGGCCGUCAUCCUGGUGGGCAACAAGGCGGAUCUGGCUCGCGCCCGCCUUAUCACAUCGCAGGAGGGCAAAGCCCUGGCCGCCUCACGCGAUGCCAAAUUUAUUGAGACGUCCAGCGGCAUACAGCACAACGUCGAUGAGCUGCUCGUCGGCAUAUUGAAGCAGAUGCGGCUGAAAGAGAAGCGUGAGAAGAAGGCCACCGCCUCGAAGAUGAAGACCUCUCGCACCCACAUAUCGCUGCACUUGGCCAAGGAGCUGCUGCAGAAGAUCUGCCUCAGCGACAUCUCCAAGUCGAAGAGCUGCGAGAAUCUCCAUGUGCUAUAGAGAUGUAAAGAUGCCCAGAUGUAAAGAUGUAAACCGGGCGAAACCCAAUCACAUGUGCUGAGCCAACCUCGAUGUCUUCGUUUAUAUCGCCCGGCAUUCCUGGGCCACAAAAUUAUGCCACAAAACUGUAUACAAAAGAGAAUUUUAUCAAAAGCAACGCUGCGAGGGCUGCGGUGGCUGGCUGCAAAAUAUUCCAAAUGCCAUUCAGAUGGGUACCGCAAAGGAAACGAGGCGGAGAUGUGUUCAUCUCCUUUUGUGGAACUGCGUUUAUUAAAAGUUGAAUGUCGGCUCGAAUCUGGCUUUUCUGGCAAGUCAUUGGCUGUGGUCAGGCCUCCAGAUUCGGCGAUAGUCGUCUUUGUUUAUGGCGGAUGUUUUUGGAUCGGCUUAUCGGCACCAGACGCUCCUCCAACUGGGUGACGAAGGCCAGAUUGAUAAGCCCUGAUCCAAUGAUCCAAUCAUCCAAUCAUCCAAUGAUCCAUUGAUCCAACAUGCCAGCGAUCCAGCGAGGCGUGUGCAGCCUUCAACUCAAAAAAAAAUAAAUAAAAGGAAAAAGUGUGCAGAUACUAUUUAUUUAUAGGUGUACUUUUUAAUGCGUACUUGCAUAUACAUACUUAACAUAUAUGUGUUCCAAUGCGAAUAACUUCAAUUCCAAUAAUGCGCUGUCAAUUGAAACGCUUGAGGAGCAGGCCCCACAGGACGCGAGAAACUUUAUAGAUGUUGAUUUAUGUAUACACAUAGUGGCCAUAAGCAGCAUAUAGUAUACAUAUGUAGUACAUACAUACCAUAUACACGUGACCUCUAUUCGGGAUAAGUUUAUUGUCUAGGCUAGGGUUACUAAACGCUCCACCUGCUUCGCAAAGAAAUUCUUCCAAUUGACGAAUAUCUCAUAUCGGAAUGACUGUUGAAUGUUGACUGUUGUUAGUCUAAGCCAAAAACUAAAAAGAAAAAAAACAAAGUAAAAAACCAAGCAAAACUAAACUAAACUAAAGGGAAUACCAUUUAAUCAAAGUACUUCACUCAGACGUUACUACGAGUAUAUUGAUGUGUAUCUUUACGUGUACCUACCAUAUAUUAUACAUUAUAUGUACUAUAUAUAUAUUUAGAGUUAGAUACAUAUACACAUAUACAUAUAUAUAAAUUUACGACCGUGCUCGGAUGGAACUUCUAACACUUCUGAACUCAUACGCUUAUAUAUUUGAAAAAUACCUUUUACAAAAUGCGAAAGGCAAGCAAAUGCGAAAACCAAACGUAUCUCUAACUAUUUUCAUACGCAAACUUACACAUUAAAGGGGGCAAUGCGAGGAUCCAAAAUGGGAGUGGGAUUGAAGUCCUGGCCCAGGACCAUGGAACCUGGACCGUUCCGGACUCGUCCAAAAGUCGAGCACUCGACGGCUGUGCACUCAUGUUUGCUCUACCCCUUUCCUUCCGCUUCACAUCCUUCGCAUCCUUCACAUCCUUCGCAUCCUUCCCAUCCUUCACGUCCGCCUUUCUGUCGAGUGCACUUUAUCAUUUUUAACAUUUAGCAAACAAAACAGAAAGUUGCUACGGCGAAAGUUUUAAUUUGCAACGCAACGCAACGCGAAAGUUCAAAUAAAUUCAAAUAUUUCGCAGCCGCACUGUGGCAAUCUGCAUCGCGCAUACGCCGCGUGCGCCCGGGUCGCUGCUAAAUUGAUUUGCUAAUCAAAUUGCUGAGGAAUCCACAAUCGAAUCACAGAGCCAGCUAUGAACUCCCACCGAAUUUAUUGUGAAAUGCCAUUUAAUAACGAUGCAAAUUGUACCGCUACCACUUAACCAUAACAAUUGGCCUAAAGCGUAGCUAUAAAGAUAUCCAAACAAAUACCAAUAUGUAUAUAUAUAAAUACAUAUAUAUACAUAUAUACCUAUGCAUAUGUGUAAAGAUCGAUGUAUAUUUAUAUAUUUUUCCAAACAAAGACAAAAGCCAAGCAGCGCUGUACAACUCAAGGGAAUGUUCACCAAAGAGAAUCAGUUUUGUGUUGCAUAGUAUAUAAUCCACAAUUGUACGCUUUUGCCCGUCACCGAGAUGAGGCUGCAGAAAAAGCAAAUUAAUUAGAGUACACGGAGAUAAAAUCCGAUUACUUGUUUGGUGUAUAAAACUUUCCUUCAUCUCCACCUAAACCUCCGUCUCCAUCCUGUCUCCCUUCCCUUCUCGUCGCGACUCGAUCUCUUCAUUCGAUAAAUAAAGGACAAGGA